AUGGCCACUCUCAGCUUCUCGCUUACGCCAGAGGCCACUGGACGUGUAUAUGAACUGUUGACGUGUCUGGCCAAGUUUGGCGAUGCCGUCUCCCUCGAGGCAAGAAGUGAGAAGCUCACACUUACCGCCCUGAACUCUUCCCGAACUGCUUAUGCUUCCUUUGCCUUGCAUGCAAGGGCAUUCUUCCUCGAUUAUGACUUCAAGUCCAAUAAUGCCGGCAGUGGCGGCGACCGAUUCACCUGCCAGCUAUACAACAGAGCUCUGCAAGCCGUCUUCAAAGGUCGCACGGCUGAUGCUCGAGGACGAGAGACGACCAUCGAGCAGUGCGACGUCACGCUUCAGGACCGACCAGAUGAGGCAGAAUGCCGUCUCGUCGUGAAGAUGGUUUCGAAGCAUGGCAUGACCAAGACAUACCGACUUACGUAUGAAGCCGUCGAAGUCAUGCAUGCCUUGUUCGACAAGACUGCAGCGACCCAAGGCUGGCGUAUCUCAUCGAAAGUCCUGCGAGAGUAUAUCGAGUACUUCGGUCCCAAGACUGAACAACUUGACAUGCUAGCGCAGGAGGGCGAACGGAAGAUUAUCUUUACCAGCUUCACUGAAAAAAUACAAGAUGGCAAAGAAGUGCUGAAGCAACCACUGGAGACGGCCAUUGGUCUUGACGCCAGAGAGUUUGAAGACUUUCACAUGCAGGAGAACGUGCACAUUAUUAUCAGUGUCAAGGACUUCCGUGCUAUCGUCACGCAUGCCGAGACCAUGAAGUGUCCUAUCUCGACGCACUUCUCCUACCCAACCAGGCCUCUGCAGUUCAGCUACCAGAACUUUGGCAUACAUUCAGAGUUCACUCUCAUGACUACAGGCGACUAUCGCGGCGCAUCCGCAACUCCCACCCCACGGUUCGUGUCUACCAGGAGUUCAUCACGCCAACCUUCCGUUGUUCCACCACAAAGUUUCAGCAGAGCUCCUUCUGAGAUGCUACCUCCUGCACGUCCGAACGCUGGUCGACCGCCUCUUGGAAGCCAGAGCCAGCGCUCAUCGCUUCGAGAGCAGGUCCGACCAACUGCCGCCAUGGAUGAAGAGCCCGAUCCGGACAGCCUGUUCAUUCCAAAUGACGGUGGUGGCGACGACGACCAAGCAUGGGAACCUCCCAAUUACGAGCGUGACGAAGAGGACGAGAUGCUCGGAUGGGAUGCGAGCAACAAUGAUCUUGGCGCAAGCAUGCGUUCUCAGCGACCGACGAUCCGCGAUUUGAAGACAGCACCGCCCGCGCGAACCAACCGAGACACACGCCAAGACCGAGAAUUUGGGAAGAGUCCAGAUCUUGCGAACAUGCCACCCACACAACGUCUGUCUCAGCUGCAAGGCAUGUUCGACUGA